AUGGCCCAGGCUGCAGUGCCACACCAACCGCCAGAGUCGCCAUGGGGUUAUCGUCCGAACCAGUCCAUCAACGUCAUCUUCCUAGUCAGCUUCUUCACCAGCAUCGUAGGGCUCCAGGUCAUCUCCCUGUAUACCCGGCAGUGGUUGAAAUUUAGCAUUCCAUUGAGUGUUGCUUGCCUAUUCGAACUUGUCGGGUAUGCUGCUCGAGCGGGAAGUUCAACGAGCCCGCUGGACGUGCGUCUCUUCGCUGUGACAACGUUCUUCUUGACGAUAGCUCCCUCUUUUAUCUCUACCAGCAUAUACGUUACUGCAGAGAGAACCUUCUACGUCUUCGGAAAAGAGCAUUCGUUGAUCGACCCAAAAUGGUACGCUUCCUUCGUCUGUAUCGAUGCUAUAAGUCUGGUGUUACAGGUGGUCGGCCUGGUGGUCGCCUACUGGGAUAUUGCAGCCAUGAAUCGCGUAGGACUGGACUCGAAUAAUGGUGGAGGUGUUAUCGCAGCCGGACUCGUGAUUCAGGCCAUCAUGCUUAUGAUCUUCCUCUUACUCUUCUCCUACGCCAUGGCACAAGGAUUCGUCGCUUGGCGCGAAUUUGGAUAUACCACAUUCAAUCCCCGUCGAGGAGGCUACAGGCGACUCGGCUGGCCAUGUAUACUCUUCUUGGUGGUGGUUGUGUUUAGCGUAUGCAGCCUCCUCGCGCGGAAUAUAUACAGAACUGUAGGCUUUGUGCGGAGCUUUGACGGCGGCAAUAAUAGCGAGGCUGCUUUUGCACUUUGCGACGGGCUGCUGGUAUCAUUGGCGGUACUAGGGCUUCUUGUUCUCCAUCCAUCAUACGUGUUUUCAGAUUACAGCAAGGAGAAGGACGCCGACAAGUUGAGUUCGAGUGCAAGUUCCGGGCCCAGUUUCGGGAGGAUAAUGCAACAGGGUGUCGUCUGA